AUGCCCAGGAAUGGUUGCCUCUGCCCUUCACUGAUCAUCACAUUCUCUUUGGCUGUGUUUUUCCAGUCCCAGAUGAUAAUCAGAAGCCUCAACCCCUGCUUGGAGGUAGGUGUGCUUUUGAAAUAUGAGCUGAUGUUUCCUCUGGACAGUGCCAGCCAUUAGGCAGAGUGAAGCAGCUGAUUUUUAAUGUCAAUUGUCCUUCUUACUGUGAUUAGAAGAGAGAUAAGCACCUGUAGGAUUUUCAGCCUCAGCUGUCGGAACAACACAGCUGCACUUAGAUACUCUAGGCACCAUGACGUGGGGUGAGCACGCACAAAGGCAUAAUGUACUGGUUUGACUCUGUGAAAUAGGGGUGUAGGAAGCUGGCUUUUACUGACUCAGACCACUCUGAUCAAUCUAGCUCAGUAAUUUCCACAUUGACUGGCAGGAGGUCUCCAGGAUUUCAGGGGAGGAAUCUUGCCCAGUCCUGCCUGGAGAUACCAGGGAUUGAAUUUAGAACUUUCUGCAUUGCUUGGGGAUUGGACUAGAUGACACUCUGAGUUCUUUCUAACUCUGUAUUUCUAUGAUUCCAUGAAUGCAAAGCAGGUAUUUUGCCACUGAGCCUUCCUCUGGAACCUUUUCUCUCCUCCUGCCGAUAUCUCUGAAUCUCUUGACUCAGAGUGCUAGAGUUUUUUUUCUUUUGUAAACCAAAGUGGUUGGAAACAGGGGUGUGUGUGUUUAUGCAAAUAUUAAAGCCUUCUUGUACCCAGUUUCUCCUAGUGCCCAUCAGUGAGGAUUCUAAGGGGCCAAAGAAAGCACAGAUUCAUUCUGGUUGUAGUGAAAUAGCAAGGCUGUGCAUACGACAUUUAAAGUACAUUCCAAGCUGGGGUGCCGGGUAUGGGGCUUCAGCCCCCUCAAUAUUUUAAGGCAGGGGGCAGAACCCCCCCUCAAUAUUGAGGGGAAUGCCAUCCCCUGUCACCCUUGGGUGAGCACUGGGUGAGGGUGACGGGUGAUUUAUGCCCUCCACACACACCCGCCUCAGUCACCAGAGCAUCCUGGCAGGCACCUACAUGUCCCGGCAGGUGUGGCCUUAUGGGGGGCAUUGUCUUGUGCGUGUGACAUCAUGCAUACACGACAACUCUCCCAUGUGGGGCCCAGCUCAGCGCGCCUGAUGUAAAGCACAUGACUUCCCCUGCAGAACACUAGUUUGUUAAGGGUGGUGGGAAUUGUAGCUCUGUGAAGGCUAAAUUAUUUUUCCCAGAAUUUUCCAGGGGAAGUCAUGUGUUUUAAAUGUCUUUAAAUCUAUGAUGUGUUUGUAGCACUACUUCUGCCCCAGUGCUUUACUGCCUUGCCCUUCCCACUCUCCCUCUUGGUUAAGUCAUUGUGAUGGCUGUGACAGAAGGUAAAGUAGUAAGUCUUGUCCCACUGACCACUGUUGUGCAGAUUGUUGCUUGGUCAUUCCUAACAAUUAGGCAUGUCUUCCUCAUUCUCUGUAGCAUCCUUAUAAACACAGUUUUAUUGAAAUGACCUGUUCAUGUUUCAGGUGAUCCCAGGUAUCACUUACAAAUGCAUGGAGCUGAACCUCAGUGCUAUUCCACCGGAUAUUCCAAAUUCCGCCCAGAGCCUGGAUCUCAGCUUCAACCCACUGGGAAUCCUGACCUCAAAUUAUUUCUCACCACUCUUCGCACUGAAUUUUCUGGACCUCACUAGGUAAAGUAGUGUAUUUUUAUUGCUGAGACCACUGGCCCAAUUGGCUUCAUGUCAUGUUGAGAGCCAACGAUAACAGAUGCAAAGCUGGUGCAAAUGUAACAGUUGGUGCAAACAUUACAGCAUCUGCUACAUAAAGCUACAGGGAUGGGGGUCUCCAGGCAUGUCUGUAUGGUUCUUGGGACUCUUCCCAUGACCCAGCUUUCCACCCUCCAGAAGUUUUUUGUAUAGCUGCAAAUUGUGCUUAAGCUUUGAUAAUGCUUCUUGCUUGCUUGGAUGGAGGCAAGAGGCAUGUGAAUGUAUAGAAACAGGCCUACUGUGCAGAAGGUAAAAUUUACAUUCUUUUGCUCUCCCUAAUUCUGCAUUCACCACUUAAUCCACCGCUUGAAGGUUGCCGGGAAAGGAAUAUGGCCCUUGGCCGGAAAAACACGAUGCUUAUGAUAUUUAUGAAUUACGAAUCACGAUUCAUGAUUUAGGAUUCAUGAUAUUUAUGAAUUAUGAAUUACGAAUCACGAUUCAUCCUUUAAGGUUUCACGAUAUUUAUUAAUUAUGAAUUAGGAAUCACGAUUCAUGAUUUAGGAUUCACGAUAUUCACGAAUUAUGAAUUAGAAAUCACGAUUCAUGAUUUAGGAAUCACGAUUCAUGAUUUAGGAUUCACUAUAUUCAUGAAUUAUGAAUUAGGAAUCACGAUUCAUGAUUUGGGAUUCACUAUAUUUACGAAUUAUGAAUUAGUAAUCACGAUUCAUGAUUUAGGAUUCACGAUAUUCACGAAUUAUGAAUUAGUAAUCACGAUUCAUGAUUUAGGAUUCACGAUAUUCACGAAUUAUGAAUUAGGAAUCACGAUUCAUGAUUUAGGAUUCACUAUAUUCAUGAAUUAUGAAUUAGGAAUCACGAUUCAUGAUUUAGGAUUCACUAUAUUCAUGAAUUAUGAAUUAGGAAUCACGAUUCAUGAUUUAGGAUUCACUAUAUUCAUGAAUUACGAAUUACGAAUCACGAUUCAUGAUUUAGGAUUCACGAUAUUUAUGAAUUACGAAUCACGAUUCAUGAUUUAGGAUUCACGAUAUUUAUGAAUUAUGAAUUAGGAAUCACGUUUCAUGAUUUAGGAUUCACGAUAUUUAUGAAUUAGGAAUUAGGAAUCACGAUUCAUGAUUUAGGAUUCACGAUAUUCAUGAAUUACGAAUCACGAUUCAUGAUUUAGGAUUCACGAUAUUUAUGAAUUAUGAAUUAGGAAUCACAAUUCAUGAUUUAGGAUUCACGAUAUUUAUGAAUUAUGAAUUAGGAAUCACGAUUCAUGAUUUUUGAUUCAUGAUAUUUAUGAAAUAUGAAUUACGAAUCAUGAUUCAUGGUAUUUAUGAAUUAUGCAUUAUGAAUCAUGAAUUAUGAAUCGUGAAUUAUGAAUUAUGAAUUAUGAAUUAUGAAUCAUGAAUCAUGAAUCAUGAAUCAUGAAUCAUGAUGUACUAUUAUUGAUAUUUAUGAAUUAUGAAUUACUUUAUGACAUGAUUCAUGAUAUUUAUGAAUUAUGAAUUAAGAAUUAUGAAUUGUGGUUUAUUUAUGGUUCCUGAUUCCUGAUUCCUGAAUCAUGGUAUUUAUGAUAUUUUUGAUAUUCAUGAUUUAUAAUUUAUAAAUUAUGAAUUGUGAAUUGCUUUUUAUGAAUUAUGAGUUAAGAUUUAUGAAUUAUGAUUUAUGAUAUAAUAAACCACAGAGCCUAGGGCUUGCCAAUCAGAAAGUUGGCGGUUUGAAUCCCCGCGACGGGGUGAGCUCCCAUUGCUUGUUCCCUGAUCCUGCCAACCUAGCAGUUGGGAAGCACGUCAAAGUGCAAGUAGAUAAAUAGGUACCACUCCGGUGGGAAGGUAAACAGCAUUUCCAUGCUCUGCUCUGGUUUUGCCAGAAGCAGCUUAGUCAUGCUGGCCACAUGACCCGGAAGCUGUACGCCAGCUCCCUCGGCCUACAGAGCGAGAUAAGCACGUAACCCCAAAGUCGUCCGCAACUGGACCUAACGGUCAAAGUACCUUUAUCUUUACCUACCCUGCCUAUCUGACUGGGCUCCUCCUUACAGUUGGUUGGGGUGUUUGUGAGCAGGACAAACAAGUGCUUGCCUUAUCUUUGUGGUGAGGGUAAAUUCCACUAAUUUCUGGUGUGUGUGGAAGUAUAUAAUCCUGGUGGUGGCACAGGAAUUCAACCUCCUCCAAGAUCCCGUAUUUGCUACUACUACAAGCCAUGGCUAGUUUUCAACCAUUAGCUCAAAGAGAACAAUGACACACCUCAGCGGUGUUUCAAUCUCAGGAGCAUAAUAGAAGGGAAAAAUUGGAUGCUCCCACAGGCCAGUGGGGACCAGCUUGCUAUGUUUCAAUAUAUGCUGUAAGCCACCCAGAGUGGCUGGGAAAAUCCAACCAGAUUGGUGGGUAUUAUUAUUACUAAUAAUCCCACUCCCCACCACAACAAUGCAUCUGGAAUAAUGCUUCAUCAUUAUGAGCACUGCUUCAACCAACAAAACUUAUUGUUUGAGGGGGCUUCUGAGAUUUUUUGAGUUUGAAAGCUAAAUUAUCCCACAAACAGUCCUGAUCUGCUGGGCAGAUAAGGGAUAAGGCAACCUCUCAAGUGACCUGGUCCUGGGCUGUAUAAGGCAUCAUACAUUACUACCAACACCUUGAACUUGGCCCAGUAGCCAAAUGGCAGCCAGUGCAAAUCCCCCAAGCCAGGUGUUAAAUGUUGGCAGUUGGUUUCCCUGCAGCUGGAGCCUCUGGACUAAUCCCAUGCAUAGCCUCGCAGAGGAAAAGGCAGUGAUCCAAAGGACUUCCCUUUGGAGUUUUCCUGAAUUGCAAGGGUUUGGACUAGUCACUAGAUGAUCCUGGGGGUCCCUCCCAACCCUACAUAAAAUAAAAUGGUGCAAUAAAAUGGUGGCCUGCUUGUACAGACAAUCCUCAUUUUGUGCUCCAUCUUCCUUGGGACAGCUCUUUAGAUAUUUGAAGAUGGCUAUCAUAUCUCCUCUCACUCUUCUCCUUCAUAAGGCUCAGUUUCCAGACCCUUGACCAUCUUGGUUGCCUUCCUCUGCAGACGUUUCAGCUUAUCAAUAUCCUUCUUAAAUUGUGGCACCCAAAACUGUACACAGUAUUCCAGCUUGUUCUGACCAAGGCUGAAUAGAGCGGGACUAUGAUGUCAGCUGAUCUGGACAUUAUACUUCUGUUGAUGCAGAAUAUUUUACACCCCCACCUCCAAACACUGCCUCCUUGGUCAUGAGUAGUGACAGGGAUUACCCUUAUCUCCCUUGAAAAGUACAAAGAAAUGAAUUUGGAAGAAUGACAUCAUUUCCCAGUUGCUCUUUCAGCUCUAUGAAUUUUUCAAGGUUCAGAUUAAUUCUGAUGGAUCUGAACUUUGUCCAGAUACUUUGGAAUAGUGAAGGGGGGAUGUACACAUACACAUACGCAUACACAUACACAUUUUCUCUGUUUGUGGAAGGUUAAGAGAUGGAACCAGAGGGAAUGACAGCCUCAGCAUUUCCCAAAAAGUCCAAAUGUGCCCAUGAGCUUAAAGAGGUUGAUGGCUGCAUGGAGCCCAUGAGCAGCCCCUGUUUUCAGAUUCUCUUCUUUUUCCCCAACAAUAGAUGCAACAUCCAGAAUAUCGAAGACAAUGCCUUUGCUGGUCUCUGUAAUCUUUCUGUCUUGAUCCUGACUGCCAAUCCUCUCCAUUUCCUGGGUGCAAGAGCUUUUCAUGAUUUGACAUCCUUGAAAAGACUGGUAGCUGUACAAACUGAACUAUACUCCCUGGACAACCUGCCCAUUGGACAAUUGACAUCUCUCCAAGAACUGAAUCUGGGAAACAACUACAUUGAUUCACUGAAGCUUCCUGAAUAUUUUUCCCGCCUACUAUUUCUAAAGUUUUUGAACCUCCAAGCAAACAAGAUAUCUUCCAUUUCGGUAGGAGAUUUGGAUGCACUGUCAAGCCAGAACCUCACACUUGUGCUAUCUAAGAAUGACAUAAAACAUAUUGAGGUAAAUGCCAUUGCAGGACUUCACCUUCAGAAACUAUCUUUGAGAGGCUGCUUUGAGAGUAGCACCAUUAUGCAAGCCAGCCUUCAGAAUCUGACUGGUUUAUAUGCCAACAGUUUAGUGUUAGGAGAAUAUAGGAACAUUAAGAAGCUGCAGACUUUCAGUAAAGGUAUCUUGGAUGCCCUAUGUCAUAUGCGCUUGCAGGAGAUAACUCUCAUCUCCACUAAUGGUGAUGUUGAUAAUACAGAUGACCUCUCUCUUUGCUUGAACAACUUCUCCACUAUACGACUGGUAGAUACCUACAUAAAAGACGUGUCAAAUUUCCCAGAAAACUCAAGCAUACGCCAUCUUGAAUUCAAGGACUCCAGAUUUAGACAGGUGCCUUCAGUGAGGUUGUCUUCCUUGAAGGAGCUAAGAUCGCUUCACAUCACCCGCACCAAACAGCUUGUUGUAUUUAAAGAGGACUUUCAGGGACUGCAGAAGCUCGAGGCCCUGGAUCUCAGUCAGAAUGCGCUUACUGCUGACCUUUGCUGGCUCUGCCUCAGAAAAGGGGUUCCAAAUUUGAAGUAUUUGAAUCUUAGCUUCAAUGUUAGAAUCAGUUUAGAGCCUGAGUGCUAUGGCCUCCCCAAACUGGAAAUGAUGGAUUUACAACAUACCACACUCAGUGGAGCAGGAGAGGUCCCUGUUUUUCUGUGCCUUCCAAAUCUCAUCUACCUUGAUAUUUCACACACCCAGACAAAUAUUCAGUCAGAAUGUACAUUUUGUGGGUUGAAAAGUCUGCAAGUGCUGAAAAUGGCUGGCAACACCUUUGAAAACAAUAAGUUGCUUAACACCUUAAAGAACCUCAGCAGUCUGCGAAUCUUGGACAUUUCCAAUUGUCGGCUGCAGUAUCUCUCCCUUAACAGCCUAGCCAGCCUCCAUGAGCUCCGCGAACUGAACAUCAGUCAUAACAAGCUCCUGGGCCUCCAUCCAGAGGCCUAUGUCCACCUCCAAGCCCUCACUAUCCUGGAUUUCCAUAGCAACCAGUUGUCUGUUUUAACAGAGAAGGAUCUACAGAAUUUGCCCAGCAGCCUGAAGAAUCUGGACCUCUCUCAGAAUCUUUUUGAUUGCUCCUGUGAGAACUUGCAUUUCUUGCAGUGGGCCAAAGGGAACAGGAACCUCCUCUGGCAUGUUGAAAACAUGAUCUGCCACAGCCCCAAGCACUUAAGAGAUGCCCGUCUGAUGAAUUUUGACCUAGCUUCUUGCAGUGUCAGUACAGCCACAGUGGCUAUCUCAAUGACCAUUUCUGUGGUUCUAGUCUUAUCUUUGAUUCUGGUUUAUAAGUACUAUUUUCACCUGUAUUAUUUGGCAGUGUUGCUUGGUGGACGCCGUCGCUCUGCUGAGGAGGACAAUGUCUACGAUGCUUUUGUCAUUUACUCCAGCAGAGACCAGGAGUGGGUGAGACGGGAGUUGGAGGAAACUCUAGAAAUGGGAGUGCCUAGUUUCCGCCUCUGCUUCUUCUAUCGUGAUUUCAUCCCUGGAGUGCCUGUCAUCACCAACAUUAUCAAACAAGGCUUCCAGAGCAGCCGGAAAGUCAUCACUGUUGUCUCUAGUCACUUCCUGGAGAGCCGAUGGUGUAACUUUGAGCUUGAGGUAGCUCAGUCUUGGCAGCUGCUGGACAGCAAAGCCAGUAUGAUCUGGGUUGUCCUAGAUGGGACGGACAAAGCAGUUCUGCAGCGGAAGUUGGGCCUGUUCCGCUACUUGCGGAGGAACACCUAUUUGGUGUGGAAGGACUCUGAGUUGAACCGGCAUAUAUUCCUGAGACAGCUGCGGUCAGCCUUGCUUAAUGGCUAA